AUGGUGAUGAUGUUGAUCCUGAUCCUGCUGCCCGCGGCCUUUCUCCUGCCCCCCGGUGCUGGGGCUGGUGAGAUAAUCGGGGGCUGGGAAGCCAAGCCCCACUCCAGACCCUACAUGGCCUAUCUGGAAAUACAACAUGGAGUUAGUAGAUCCUUAUGUGGAGGGUUCCUGGUGUCGGAGAACUUCGUGCUGACGGCCGCUCACUGUAAUGGAAACAAGAUCAUUGUCGUCCUGGGAGUCCAUGAUAUUACCAAACAGGAACAGAGCCGACAAGUGAUCCCUGUGAGAUGCCAGUACCCCCACCAGGAUUAUGACAAGAAGUCCCAUAAUAACGACAUCAUGCUGCUGGAGCUGGAGCGCAAAGCACGUCUCAAUGGAUAUGUCGGGCUCAUCCCCCUGCCCGUGGCCCAUCAGCGAAUGCAUCCAGGCACCGUGUGCAGCAUCGCCGGCUGGGGCUCGACCAGUGCACACAAUAUUCUGAACUCGAACACACUCCGGGAGGCGGACGUGGUGGUGAUGCAGGAUGCUGCGUGUCCGAGGAAUCCUGGUGGGAUAUACCGUGACUAUAACCCCUCCACCAUGAUGUGUGUGGGGGACCCAGAGAAGGGCAAAAGCUCUUUCAAGGGUGACUCUGGGGGUCCCCUGGUGUGCCAGCAAACAGCCCAGGGCAUCGUCUCUUGGGGAUCAAAGGUGGGGACCCCACCCGCUGUGUACACAAGAGUCUCCACCUUCAUCCCCUGGAUACGGAAGACUAUGAGGAUGCUGCAGCCUUGA